GAUGUCGUGGCGCUUUAGGGGAAGAAGUUGGUGUUUUGCCGGGCCCUGGUCCUGAAGACGUGGUCCGGGUGGCCCCUGGCCCCUUCCUACCCAUCCCUCCACCCGCCUUUUCCCUCCCUCUUCUGGCAGGAUGAGGCGUGCAGGCCUGGGUGAAGGAGUACCUCCUGGCAACUAUGGGAACUAUGGCUACACUAAUAGCGGGUAUAGUGCCUGUGAAGAAGAGAACGAGAGGCUCACUGAGAGUCUGAGAAGCAAAGUAACUGCUAUAAAAUCUCUUUCCAUUGAAAUAGGCCAUGAAGUUAAACAGCAGAAUAAAUUAUUAGCUGAAAUGGAUUCAGAGUUUGAUUCUACAACUGGAUUUCUAGGUAAAACUAUGGGAAAACUGAAGACUUUAUCCAGAGGGAGCCAAACAAAACUGCUGUGCUAUUUAAUGCUAUUUUCAUUGUUUGUCUUUUUUGUCAUUUAUUGGAUUAUUAAACUGAGGUGAUGCAAGUAAGUGUGGGUUUGGAAUUUGUUCCAACUUAAUGGCUUGGAGUACCACUUCAGUAAAAAAUCACCAUCAAAACAUUCCUAAUUUUCAAGUACUAUGGCUUUUUCCAUUGCAGAUGACUGAAUUUUACUUGUUUUCUAAAUUGUGUUAGAUAAUACAGUGCUCUUUGAAUACUAUCGCUUAACAGUUCGUUUUUUGCCCCUAUUUUCAGGGGUAUUGAGAUGGCCUGAAGUCAGUCUGGCCUUCACAAUUUUUUCUGUUGUUUGCUGUCAGAUUAAAUAGCAGUAUAAUACUCUGUUGUUACCAUAAAUGUAGGUUUAUGUCUCAUAUAAAGAAACCUAGUGGGAGAAUAACAGAAGGCCUGGGGAGCCUGAGGCUGAGCUCUUGAGGCACUGCACAGGUUUGUGAGGGAGCGCUAAAUGUAUUUGCUUGAACUGUCAUCAACCCUGAUGAUCUAUGCCCCUUUCCUCCUUCUGUUUGGUUAAAAUCGUAGGCCAAUUUCUCUAUACCUACAGUUUUCCUAAUAAUUUUUGAUAUGACUCCUCUUCUCCCUCUGCCUAAGGACCUCAUUCUUUAAUAAAGCUUGUUAUUUUGUCAUAUUUCUAGUAGGGCCCAAAACAAAUGUGUACCAAUAUAGUUGUUGUUUUAUAUUAACUUUAUACAUAUCAUUGACUUGGCUUAGAAUAGGUUUAUGAUUUUAGCUACUUAGGUAGGCCAUUUGGUUAUCGUUUGUGACAGAAUAAUGUGAAGCUAAAGUAAUUGCUAAGCUCUGAAUGGAAAUAAAAUGCUCAAGAAAAUUAAUUGCUUCUGCUUUUUUAUGUGCUCAAAAUAGAUAUCGAAAGUACUCAGGCAUUGAACUUGGGGUUAAGAGUAUUGUUGCUUUAAUCCAAUGUAUUUGCUUAUAGAAAGCAAAAUAAAGGUGGACUGUUGAGUAGCAAGAAAUAUUAAAAUGUUCUUAAAUACUCUGUAUUGCUACUGUUUUGGAAUUUGCCCAUUUAUGGGCUCCAAAAAUAAAUUUUUUAGUGAAAUGUGUGAA